AUGGGAUGGGCCCAGAUGGCUGUUCCGGAGGAGUUUACGGGGGAUCAGAUCCGCGUGCUGAUCAAGCUCGAGCGCAUAGGAGGCAGCAUCAGCUUGAUCGGGGUGUUUUGCAUCUUUGUUGCGUACGCCGUGUUUCCGAAAGUGCGCAACGUCCAAAACACCUUCAUCGUCUUUGCGAGCGUGUCCAAUGUCGGUGCCAGCAUCGCAAGCAUCAUUGCCUUUGACGGGCUUCGAGAGGGCAAGGCCUCGACUCUAUGCAAGGCACAGAGCUUCUUGUUUGAAAUGUUCAUGCAGUCUGACCCUUGGUGGUCACUGGCCAUGGCCAUCAACGUCUUGCUUGUCUUUUACUUUCGCGCCACGCCUGAUUCCUUUGCCCGCUGGUGGUGGAUUUACUGCCUCGUAUGCUACGGAGGACCAUUCACGAUUGCUCUCACAUUGUUACUUUCCAAAACCGCCGGACGGGGUCCGGUGUAUGGCGAAGCAACCAUCUGGUGCUGGGUCGACAGGCAGUGGGAUGAUAUAAGGAUAUAUACAUACUACAUGCUCAUCUGGAUUUGCAUCGUCGGCUCACUCAUCUGCUACCUCUUGGUUGGGUACCACGUCUUUCGGUCGAGGGACAGGCUUCGCAGUCUAACGGCCACUACGAGCCGAGAUGCAGGCGCUGGCGAGGUUACUCGCACUGACGAGAAUGAUGGGUGUUACGGAACUGUCGUCACAGAAGUGCAAAUCACAUCAAGCGCCGGCACACCAGCAGUAUCACCGGCGACAGCGGCACCUCGACCACCCCCUCCUGCUAUCGAUACCCAGAUUCCAACGCGAAGCGUAUUUGAGCAUUCGCCAACACAUGUCCCCUCUGGGUUUGUUCAAUACUUUUCUUCUGUUGAAUCGCCAAGCCAGCGGAGUCGCAGCACUCAGCCUUCAGCCCUCAAGAGAGCAGUCUCCCGGGUCAAGACUGCAGCCCGACGGUUCGUUGUGGCCGAUCCAGUCAAGCGGGCGUACCUUAGAACCAGCUUCCUGUUUGCGAUUAGUGUUCUCGUGACCUGGAUUCCAAGCAGCAUGAACCGCCUCCGCAGCUGGAUCGACGGACAGUCACCAUACGAGUACCACCUGGCCACAGCCGCCGUCCUCCCCCUUCAAGGCCUGUGGAACUCCAUCAUCUUCUUCUUCACCAGCUGGAAUGUCCUACAGAGGCAUAGACGGAACACGGCCGCCUCGGCUGCUGCCGCCGAGGCGAUUAACAGGCUUCGCCAGGACAGCGCCAACCGCACCGCCGGCCGAGGAAGCUGCGGCGGCCCAGGAGACGGGAACGGAAACGGAAACGGAAACGGACAUGGAAAUGGGACCGGCGAUGCCAGGCACUACGAAAGCCAUAGUGAGACUGACCUAGGCGACGGAGACUCCAGAACGAUCAGUAGUGAUGUUGAGCUGCAGCGACGAUUCAAGUCGCAGGACACGAGCACGCCUUCGGUGGUAUGA